AAGACACCGACGUCCGUGAGACUCGAGGCGCUUACUUUAUUAUAAAGAAGGAAUAUCACCAAGAGGACACGAGUAACGUUUCCUCAACAAAGUUUCCUCACAACCAGCCUCAAAUACUUUCGAUUUGACGGCCCCAUGGUUCCACGACGAUAAUACAAAUGUCCUCUCAACUCCUGUCCCUCGCGGGAUGGGCAUUCCUACCAAAUCUCGCCACCAACGCCCUCCAAUCCGUCUGGUACGGCAUCACCAUCCGCGCCGGCGACCCCAAACCCCAACCUUCCACCCCCCUCCACAACACCCACCGCCGCCGCAUCCACAUCGCCGUCAUAACCACCUACCUCCUCUACACCAUCUACGAAGCGCACCACACCAUCCGCCAAUCCUCCGACUACUACCAAGACCUAGGUCUCCCCCACUCCGCCUCAGAUCGCGAGAUCAAAUCCCGUUUCCGCCGCCUCGCCGCCCUCUACCACCCCGACAAAGUCGCCGAGACAGCCACAUCCACUGACUUCUUCCGCCACCUCAAGACCGCCCAGGACACCCUCCUCAACCCCGCCGCGCGCUUCGCAUAUGACCGCUUCGGGCCCGACAUCGUAGGCUGGGCGAACAAGUCGUCCAUCCGCGAUUACCUCACCGUCGGCGCCGUCGGGAUCAUGCAAUACUACGGCAUCGGCGCGGUGAUGAUGUACGUCCUCGGCCUGACGGGCCACCUCCAAUUCGGAGUCUACUGGCGCUGGUUUGGCCUUCUCAGCCUCGCUGUGUUAGAAGCGCAUAUCGCCUCCCGCCCAUACGCACCGCGCUUCGCCUCGCACCUCCUCAACCCCCUCCUCACGAACGUGGGGGGCCAACCACCAUACUUGCCUUUCCAACUCAUCGCCAUCCUGCGCAAAUGCGCAUUAACCCUCUUCAUCGCGCUCUCGCAACUCGGCCCCCUCCUAUCCUCGCCGCAAGCAGCAGCGAAAUCGGGGACGGAGGAAGAGCGGCUGACCAGGCAGGUGGAGCGGAUUGCCGCGCUGGCGGGAGCGGCGGACGCAGAGGCGUCGAGGUUGGUGGCUAUGGAGAUGGCGCCGUUUGUGGGGGAUGAGGGGGCGGUGAGGGAGGUGCAGAGGAGGACGAGCGAGUGGUUGGUUAGUAAUACUAUUAGGUCUGAUCCGGAGGUGAGGGAUGCGUUGGGGAAUGUGUUGAAGAGGAGGCGGGUGGAUGCGCCGGCGGGGGCGAGGGGCAAUAGAUAGAGGUUGGGUGAUAAGGGGUGGGAUGAGAAGGGGUGUGUAUACCACUUGUUAUGAAGGGAGGGU